AUGGCAACAGCAAAAACAUACACCGACUCUGACCAGGAGAAUUUCUUUCGCAUGAGCAUUCUUAUUGUAGAUUAUGCCCUGAAAGUAGUGCAGGAUGUUCUCCAGAAAGAGCUGAGAAAAAAGUAUCCCAAUUUAUUUGACCCCAACACAGGGUUGUUGAACAAGGUGCUUGGAGAUGGAACUGUCAAGACUGUAUUGUUUAGAUUAUCACCAAAGUACAUUAAUCAUCAACAACGGGAACAGCUGUAUCCCGCUGGAAAUCCCUCCACAUCAGUAACUGUUGGUGAUUUAGACCUCACACUGACUGUGUUUUUGCUGAGGAACAUCACCUCGUUGAACCCUCAUCCUCAGUUUAAUGCAUGGGACGACCCCUCUGACACAGACACAUCAAGAGAAGCCACUAUAGGACGAAUAAAAAGAUAUCAAAAUAUUGUGUAUGGCCAUGCAAACAACGCAGCGAUCAGCGAUCAAGAUUUCAGGGCAUAUUUUUUAGGGUUAAAAUCCAAUCUCUUGACUCUUUCUACUAAGUUCACAAAUGAGAAUUAUGAUGCCAUAUUGUCUGAACCUCUUGAUGCCGAUUUACUCAGGAAAUACCAGGGCAUAAUGGAAGAAUGGUGUGGUAAAAACAAAGAUGUGAAGGAUACAAUGGGAGCUGGAUUAAAGAGAAACCCGGAAAGAGUUACACAGUUGUUUGAUGGUCAAUCGGAGCUGAAGAAACGGUGUCUUGGCCAAGAUCAACAAGUUCAGACGACAAAAGAAACUCAGGAAAAAGUUCAGGUGAUUAAUGACAAAGAUCGCGACAGAAGUGAACUUCAGAAGAUGACAGUGAUGUCAGACACGCAAGGGGACCCUGCUGUACCUUCAUCCCAACUUUUCAAUCCUUCAUCGUCAACAGAAAAGGAAAUUCCACAGACUACAGAGUCUAGUCCUACAAGUGUUGAUGUGGGAACUAUUGCAGCUAGCGGUAUUCUUACAACCAAACCAGACACCUACUCUAAGGCACCUGUAAUGAGUCCAACACACAAAAACCUCUUGGUUCAAAUGGGUCCCGAGCUAAUAAAAGAUCUCCAAGUUGAAGACAUUGUCCCAGACAUGGUGGACAGAGGAAUCAUCAGUGAACGUAAUGCAAAAAAGGUACUGGCACACAAAGCAGAAAAUGAUCAAGCUUUUGAAUUUCUUCGUAUUCUACCAAAAUGUGGUCCUCGUGCAUUUGAAACAUUUGUUGAUGUUUUGAGAAAACACAAUAAGAAAGAACUUGCAGAUUUGUUAGCAGAAAAAGCGACUGCUUGCAGUAGUAAAAACCAAAUAGCGUCUUUCUACAUUAAAUACAUGAGUCAAAUACAGCGUCUUCCCUGGGACCCCGACGACACAAUGCACUUAGAUGACGUCUAUGUUAACCUGCAGUGGGUACAAGAGGAAAGGAAACCAGCAGGUACCAGUUCUGAUCCAAUCCAGAGCUAUACAUCAAUAUUUAAAGAUACCAAACAAGGUACGAGACCAAAAAGGAUAUUGGUCCGAGGAAAAGCAGGCAUAGGCAAAACCACAUUCACACAAAAGAUGGCAACAGACUGGGCAAAUGAUACAUUGGGUUUAAAGGAAUGUGACCGGGCACUUUCAAAUUAUAAACAUCUUUUAAUUAUAAAUCUACGCAAUAUUCGACAUAGCCAAACACUGAAGGGAGCAAUUGAAAAACAAAUUUCUCCUUCUAAUCAAAAUAAGAAAGAAGUGGUAGAUGAAAUAGUACAUGCUCUGGACUAUGACAGUGACCAUGUGCUAAUGGUCUUUGACGGCUAUGAUGAGUACGAUCCCAAGACUUCUGAAGAAAUAACCGACAUCAUUUAUUGCAAACAAUACCAGAAUGUAUGUACCAUCAUCACAACACGCCCAUGGAAGGCAGAAGAAUUGAUGAAGAAACAAAUACCGGACAGUGUGUAUGAAAUUACCGGUCUGACAGGUGACAACAUACGUAAAUAUGUUGCUAAAUUCUUUGAUGAAAACAUGGAAUGUUAUGAUCUUUUGGAAUGGGAGUUUGAUGAUAGUUUCGAUUCUGAGUCUCUGGAUGAGUCAGAGUCAAUAGGGAAUGGUCUCUUACACUACAUAAUGAGAAAGAACCUGGAGUCGUUGGUAAAGAUCCCAAUACUUUUACUGUUCUUUUGUCUUAUGUGGCAAGAAGAUCAACAAAGUGAUGCCAAGACAGAUUCACUCCCAACUUCAUACACACUGCUAUACAAGACACUUAUACAAAUGCUUUUAAGACGAAGAUACGACAUCAGGACAAAGGAUGAAACAGAAGAAUCUAUUGGACAAUUUGAAGAAACUUUUAUCGGCCUUGGCAAGCUGGCUUACGAUGGACUCGUUAAGCCAGAUGGGGGUCUCAUAUUUAAUGAAAAAGACCUACAGGCAAUUCCAAAUAUCAGCGAAUUGUACAGUUUAGGUCUCCUCAGCAAGUCUAAGGUACACAGUAACCUUGAUGUUAAACAGGAGGUAACAUUUCCACACAAAACCAUCCAGGAGUUUUUUGCGGCAAAAUAUUUGGCGAGGAAAUUAGACCAAAAUGAUAGUAAAAUUUUAGAUCAGUUUUUGGAAAACUUAAACACCACUGACAAACUCUAUGACAUGAGCUUUGUGUUGCGCUUUUUGUGUGGGUUAUCAAAGAAAGCAACUACCAAAGUGCUACGCAGAGGUAAAGGUCUUCACAACAAAGAUAAAAAACGAAAUUAUAUAUAUAGGUACAUGGGCCAUGACUAUGUCUUUGAUGGCAAGUGUAUAAAUUGGUGUAAUGAUCUCCUCCUAGAACACUGGUAUGCCUACUGUCCCCAGGAAACAGUGCUGCCACCUGAGCUUUUCUCCUGCCACACGGUGCUUUACAUACCUGGAUCAUUUGAGCACUCUGAUCCCAGAUUCCAGCAGGUCUUGCGGGACAGUAUGUGCAGUCCACAGGCAUGUUCUGGUUUGAGUGCCAUCAUCGUUCAUAGUGAUAAAGACGAGUAUACUGUUAGUUGUGAAGCAUAUCACAAUGCAUUAUCUUUACUCAGUGAGUGUGACAUGUUCCGUGAACUAGUAGCGGUAUUGUGGCAGGAUGUAUGUGACAUUUGUGAUGACUGCAGAUGUGCCUUAAAGCAUGUUUUAUCUAAAGCUCCCAAUCUUCAAAGACUUGACAUAGGUGGAAAUUGUAGUGGAGCAGUAUCAUCAAUACCAUACCCUGGAAAACUACUACAUCUGGAUGUCAGAUACAUAAAUGAUCAGGACUGCAAGGUGAUCGCACAGAUGCAGCACUUAAAGUACAUUAAGGCUACAGAGGCAGAAUGUGAAGGAAUGCCAAAAGACCUCCCUUCUGUACUAGGCACACUGCCUAUAACAUGCAAUGAUUUGACUCAUAUACAUUUUGAAUCUAUCGAUCUUUGUGCCGUGGGUGUACAACUACUUGGGAGGAACCUUCACCAUGUGCCAGGGCUGGAACAUCUGGGACUGGACUGGGUAUUCAUGAAAAAGGUAUUCAAGUGGAGUUAUAGGUGUGGGCCUGACAGGUGUACAUGUCCUAGGGGUGAAGAUACAACAGGCUAUGACAGAUGUCAGGAUGUCUGUGAAGCCGUGCGUGAACUGAGCCAAGGUGUGAUACACACCACUAAGCUGAAGUACUUCUCAUUUAGUUGUAAUCCCUUGGGUUGGCACCACGGUAUCACCAGUCCACUGAUAGCAUUGACACAAUCUCUCAGUACAGUGUCAGAGCAGACUGGAAUGAAGAUUGACAUGACCUGUAAUGACCUGGGCAGAGUUGACCGCCUCAGUGAGCUGAUAGAAGCCAUUGUCAGCUCUUACCAGCAUGUAUCAUCUUGGGAUCUUAGGGGUAAUUUCCUUAAGGAGAGUCUCCCUCAGCCAGAUGGCAGCCUUAAAUGCGAAGAGCGUCUAGGUUGGUCAUGA